AUGGACGGCUCUCUACAGCGACGUGCCUCUCAACACAGCGGCUGGAGUGACGACGAGAGUCUGUUCUCUGAGAAUGAGGACCCCAACAGGAUUGUCACGCGGGCGCCGCAGAAUCGCUUCAAACUCGGCUAUCUCGCGGUCAUGGGCCUGGUGAUUAAUCGGAUGAUAGGGACCGGUAUCUUUAUGACGCCGGCCAGGGUGGUCCAAGGCACCGGAAGCACAGGAGCGACAUUGAUGUUCUGGUUUGCCGGUGUGGUAUAUGCAUUCUCGGGAGUGCACGUAUACAUCGAAUAUGGCCUCAAUGUCCCGCGCCGGACAAUAGAGACCACCGAGCGAGGAGUACCUCGAUCUGGCGGCGAUCUGAACUAUUUGAAAUAUGUUUACCAGAAGCCGACGUAUCGACCGGACACUCUCAUGUUCAUCGCCUCCCUCUUCGGCAUCUCGUUCAUCAUCCUGGGCAACAUGGCCGGAAACGCCAUCAGUUUCGGCGUACGCGUCCUGGAAGCGUCCAACACCGAAGUCACGAACGGGGCGGUUCGAGGCAUUGCCGUGGCCGUGUCCGUGGUCGCCGGGUUCAUCCACACGUUCUCACGGAAGGGUGGCAUCCUGCUCAGCAGUGUCUUUGCCUUGAUCAAGAUCUGCAUGAUGCUCUUCAUCAUCGUGACUGCCAUCUGCUACGGCCAGGGCACAUUCCCAGACAUCCCUGACAGCAACAUCGACCGCGAUGAGACCUUGUCGCAGAACCUCUCCCCAGCCCACGCAUUCAGCCAAUCGUCAUCCAGUGCCAACGGGUAUGCUCAAGCGUUUCUCGCCAUCAUCUUUGCGUUCGGCGGCUUCGAGCAGCCCAACUACGUGCUCGGCGAGAUCAGUCGGCCUCAUCGGACCUACCCCAUCGCCAUGGCCGCGUCCGUGACUAUCGUGUGUGUGCUCUACAUGGCCGUCAACGUCAGUUACAUGGUGGUAGUGCCGAAAGAGAUCCAGCUCCAGCAAGGCGCAAGCGUGGCCGAAUCCUUCUUCCAACUGACCUACGGCGCCCUGUCGCCGGACGACCACACCGGCGCUCGGAUCUUCAGCGCCUUCCUCGCCAUUUCCAGCCUGGGAAACAUCAUCGUCAUGACGUACACCGCCGCGCGCGUCAAGCAGGAGAUCGCCAAGGAGGGCCUCCUGCCGUGGCCCAGGUUCUUCGGCCAGAACAAGGAUCUCUCCUUCGGCCGCCUCCUCCGGUGGGCGCAACGCAACGAGACCAUCAGCAAGCUGUUCGGAUCCAUCCUGCGUCUCCGCUGGCUAGCGCCCGAGCAUCACUCGGAACGCACGCCCGUCGGCGCGCUGGUGCUCCACCUGCUCACCUGCAUCAUCCUCUUGUUCGCCACCUACGGCGCGACCCCUCAAACCGCAUACCUUCUUUUGACCGGGAUCGCCGCCUACGUCGUGAACGCCUGCUUCGGAAGCCUCCUCGCCGCGGGGAUCCUGUACCUCCGAUUCAGCAAAUCUCGCAACUGGCGCCAGAAGACCCCCAACAUCCACCCGUGGCUCAGCGUCGGCGCCGCGACCAUCUAUCUGAUCGGUAACCUCUUCCCGAUCAUCACAUACUGGGUCAAGCCGGAACAGCCGCUCUCCUCGUCGGCGGACACAGUGGACACGACCACCUCGGCGCUGCCAGUUUCGAACACCGUCCUCCCCGCACGGACGGCCCUCGCCUGGUUCGUCGUCCCGACUGUCGGCUGGGCGGUGCUGGGGCUUGCCGCGCUGUGGUGGCUCGGUGCCUGCUUCGUGGUGCGUCGCAUCGAACGCCGCACGCACACGGAAUUCACGAUCCAGAAGGAAUAUGACUAUGACGAGGAUCCGCUCGGCAGUGGUGCGUUCGUGCAGGUGCACGAGACGGUCUAUCUGAGCUGGAAGGGUAAAGAGAUCCUCAGAGACAUGACGGCGCUUGGCCCCGCAGGUGUGACUGGGAAUGGAAUGACCGAGCAGCCUUUUGGUGGGUAUUCGGGAGUUGGUAUGGGCAGAGGAGGAGGAGCGGGAGGCGGAGGCGGGUUUCCAGGCGGAGGCGGUGCCCCUGGCGGUAUGCACGGCAUGAAUGGCAUUCAUGGCAUGAGCGGGAUGAACGAACACCCCAACGACUAUUACGGACGGUACACGUGA